GACUCGACUACUCGAGAAAUUAUCGAUUUCGAUAACAAUUACUUUUAAUUAUUAUCUGUAAUUACCAAUUAUAUACAAUUAUGUAUUAAAAUUCAAGAUUCUAGUUUCAACAUUUGACAUUUCGACUGACGGCUAUCUAACUGCACUCUACAACUUACGCUUCAUAUUUGAUUAACUAUGGUGUUAUAUAAUAUAUUACGCUAAACAAUGAUAAUUUAAAUGUUUUUCAAUCAUCUAACAAGAAUAAAAUACACAGACAAGUCAUUAUUACGUAAUAGGAAGUUUGUUAUUACUAAUUAGUAUAGGUAACUAAUAAAGUUAAUAAAGACUACUUAAUUAUUUCAUGUACUUACUACGACUUUUCUUCUAUUAACUUAAAUCAUUAAAUUAUUGGAAACUAUGGAAAACUAUUAACAGUAUCACAUUUAUUUAACUGUAUCAUUGAGUAAUAAACAUAUUAUAUAUUUUGUAUAAAUAAAAUUGGUUAAAUAUUUAUUAUUAACUAUAUACCUACUUAUUUAUUACCAAUUUUUAUUUAUUAAACUACCUAUUUUUAAUAAAAAUUUAGUUUUAUUUGUAUUUAAUUCAAUUACUUACAUUUAAAAUUAUGGAUUUUGAAAAGCCAACUAUAAAAGUGGGAAUAUUAACAAUUAGUGACACUAGAACACCUUCAGCAUCUAAUAUUGAUUCAAUUGACUCCAGUGGCCAAAAUUUAAUUAAAUUGAUCAAUGAUUCAAAUGUGAUUGAAUCGGCUAAGGUAGUUCAGUAUGAUUGUGUCACUGAUGAUUAUGAUCAAAUUCAGGCAAAAAUGUCUGAAUGGUGUUCUGAAAGAAAAGUAGAUGUUUUGUUAAGUACAGGUGGUACAGGUUUUAGUUCAAGAGAUGUAACUCCUGAAGCAACUCUUGGACUUGUUCAAAAAUUGACACCUGGUAUAAGCCAAGCAAUAAUGAAUGAGAGUUUAAAACUCACUCCAAUGGCAAUGCUUUCAAGAGCAGUGUCUGGAAUAUAUGAAAAAACUUUGAUUAUUAAUUUACCGGGUAGCACUAAAGCAAGUAAAGAGUGUUUAUAUGUUGUUGCUCGUGCUAUACCACAUGCUGUUUCAUUAAUCAAAGAUGAUGAAGAAAUUUCAAAACAAUUUCAUAAACAAUUAGAUUUCACGGCUAUUAAUGAAUCAAGAGUUCCAGAGUGUGUAACAAAAAUAGCAUGUCGACACAGAGAAUCACAAUUUCCAAAAAUUUCCAUGAAGUCAGCUUUAAAUAUUUUAAAAGAACAUGCUGUCUUACAAUAUACCGAAAAUAAUAAAAUAAAGUAUCCUACUGUUUGCAUUUUUUCUACUGGUGAUGAACUUGAAAACAUUAGUGGUUAUAUCAGAGACACUAAUUCUGUUAUGAUAAAACAAAUACUGGAACAAGAUCACUAUAAAGGACAGGUAUUCAAUUUUGGAAUUGUAAGAGACAAUUGGGAUGAUCUUUGCAAACGUUUUGAAGAAGCAUUUAACAAUGCUGAUAUAAUAGUGACUAGUGGAGGCGUAUCAAUGGGCGAAAAAGAUUUAAUUAAACCCGUACUCAAAGAACACUUCAAAAGUAAAAUUCAUUUUGGAAGAGUUAAUAUGAAACCUGGAAUGCCAACUACUUUUGUCACCCUUUUUUUUAAAGACAAAAAAAAAUAUAUAUUUUGUUUGCCUGGUAAUCCUGUGUCUGCUGGUGUAUGUACACAUUUAUUCUUAUUACCAUAUUUGAGAUCAGUUUCUGGAAAAAAAAUAAUUAUCCAUUCUUUAAAAGCAAAGCUAACACAUUCUAUCAAUGAUUUGGAUAUUAGACCAGAAUAUCGAAGAGCAUUGCUUAAGUAUGAAAAUGGAGAACUAUAUGUGUCAUGUCUAACUAACUAUCAACAAAGUAGCAGACUUUUAAGCUUUGUAGGAUCUAAUUGUUUACUUCAUUUACCUUCAUUGUCAAACGAAGCAAAUAUCAAAUCAAAUACAAUUAUGGAUGUUACGCUAAUUAAAAGUAUAAAAAAUGCAUAUAUUGCACCCAUAUUAAAAGAAAUGAACUUAUUUAUCGAGAUAUUCAAAAAACAAACCAUUUCUGGCAAUAUAAAAAAAGAACAAUCACUUCUAUUUUCAUGUAUAAAAGAUGUACUGCAUUUGAUGACAGAAAAUAUAUUUGUAGCUAAAACUGAAAAUAUUCCUACUGAUUCUGCUAUGGGUUAUGUUUUAUAUUUACCCGUUAAUUCUUCUGAAAAUUUACCACCAUUUCCAGCUUCUAUAAAAGAUGGGUAUGCUAUUAAGUAUAUUAAUGAGGAUUCUUGGUCUCAAAAGUCUAAUAUAUUUAAUGUUGUACAAGUGUCAGUGGCUGGUACAGUUCCUGCUUGCCAAAAAGAAAUAAAAGAAGGAGAAUGUGCACGUAUUAGUACUGGUGCACCUUUACCACCGGGAGCCAAUUGUGUAGUACAAGUUGAAGAUACAGCUGUUAUAUCUAAAUCAUCUGAUGGAAAAGUUGAAUUGACUAUUGCUAUAUUAAAAGAACCUAAACUAUUUGAAAAUAUUAGAAGCAUUGGUUCAGACAUAUCAGUAGGACAACGUCUUUUAGAUCAGAAAAUUGUUCUUGGUCCUUUUGAAAUAGCUUUGUUACGCUCUGUAGGUUGUGAUUAUGUGCAAGUGUAUAAAUGUCCUUCAAUACACAUUGUUCCAUGUAAUGAUAAUUCGGCGUAUGCAAUAUCUCAUAAGUUAAAGAAUAUGUUGGAAUUGGCUGACUUUAAAGGAAACAUAUUUAGUCACCCAUUAUGUAAAAAUUUAAUUAAAUUCUCUGGACUUUUUGAAAGUGUAUUUGGUUAUGAAGAUGUUAUUAUUAUUUGCGGUAGCUUUUAUGAAUUUUCUAAUGUUGUUGAAUCACAUAUUCAUAUUAGAAACGAUACACGCAAGAUUUCGCUUGGAUUUGGUAGAAUGUAUUACAAUGAGAAAAAAGUAGUAUUUUUACAUAUUGAUACAUGUGACUUAGAUUCUAUCUAUAACUGUGUACAUUUAUUCAUAUUGCCAUUUUUAAGAUUUACUACUGGCAGAAAAAAUAUUAUUUCUUCAAUAAAAACAAAAUGUAAUAUGACUUCACAUUAUUUACCUUCAGACAAAUUUGAAAAAGCUGAACUUUAUUAUGAAAAUGGAGAUUUCAAUGUUACUUGUUACACAAUGAAUCGUCAAAGUUGUCUUGUAAAUAUGCCAUCUUCAACAAAUGAAUUUAAUACUGAGGUAAAAGAAGGAAAAAAAACCGAAUUAGAUGCAAUUGUUACUGAAAAUUCUGAUUCUUAUUUUAUUUAUUACUAGUUAUUAAAAUUUUUUUUUAUUUCAAAAUGUAGUCGUUUGAGUUGUAUAUUUCAUCUUAUUGCAAUAUUUUUAAAUUUUUCAUCUAGA